AGUGUGACGUCAGUUUGUUGUGCGCACCAGCUGAUCAUCAGCCAGAGCCUACAGACAACACAACUAUCACACACAGAAACAUCAUCAUUCUCCAGAAUCGCGAUUAAAUCAUCGGUGUCGCAGUUUGUGGAGUAAAUCAUGAAGCGACAGUAGAUGUUCGUAGAUGCGGUCGGUCAGUCAGUCAGUCGGGCGCGCGCAGCAACACUGGCCUUCUGAAGCUGUUCUGCUGUUUCUCCUCCGGAUAAUUAUAUAAUACGAUGGAAACGAUUCUUAGCUGCUUCGGAAGUAGUUUGUUGGACGGUUUCGGCUUAUAAAGAAGCGUCAGUGCCUCAUAAUACUGAACUGCGAACGUCUGAGAGAAAAUGUGGUGGAAACUCUUCUUUUUGCUCCUGUAUUUCUUCAUGUUGUUCAUCCUGGCUCGGUUCUUUGAAGCCAUCGUCUGGUACGAGACCGGGAUUUUCGCCACCCAGCUGGUGGAUCCGGUGACACUGAGCUUCAAGAAGCUCAAAACCAUCCUGGAGUGCCGGGGACUGGGAUACUCCGGGCUGGCGGAGAAGAGGGACGUGAGGGAACUGGUGGAAAACUCGGGCGAGCUGAUGCAGGGCGAGCUGUACUCCGCUCUGAAGAACGAGGAGCAGACCGGGUCCGACUCCAGCACCACCUUCAGCGGAGAAAUGCACUUUUAUGAACUAGUGGAAGACACUAAAGAUGGUAUCUGGUUAGUUCAGGUAAUAGCCCAAGACAGAAAUCCUCUGUUGAGCACUGCCAACUGGGGCAAAAUGGUGCAGAAAGUUUCCCAGUUUGGCAUUCGAACCGGCACCUUCAACUGCUCCAGUGACUCGAGGUACUGCCAUAAGCGGGGCUGGAUGAAGUCCACCCUCAUCAUGUCCGUCCCGCAGACCUAUGCCUCCAAAGGGAAGGUCAUGUUGAAGGAGUACAACGGCAGACGCAUCGAAACCGAGCACAUCUUCAAAUGGAUGACCUCUCACGUUGCAUCUCGCAUCAAAACCAUCCGCCUCUCCGAGCAGUUAAUGGACGACUGGUAUCAGAUGGACAAGCAACCGGUGAAGAUGUUCUUGUUCGCCAGACUCCUUCAGCCCCCGGCGUUCUUCUCAGCGCUCAGCAUCAAGUUCACAGGGCGCAUCGAGUUCAUCUUCGUCGACGUGCGCAACUGGGACAACACCACCUGUCUGGAGGAGAUUGGCGUGCAGCAAACGCCCUCAUACAUCCUCAAAACACCAGAAGGCAUCUACCGAUACGGCAACAGCACUGGGGAAUUCAUCUCCCUGCACGCCAUGGACGCGUUCCUUCGCUCCGUGCAGCCAGAAGUCAAUGACCUGUUCAUUUUGAGCUUAGUCAUGGUCAAUCUAAUGGCUUGGAUGGAUCUUUUCAUCACGCAAGGAGCCACCAUAAAGCGCUUUGUGGUUUUAAUCAGCACUCUAGGAACUUAUAAUUCCCUACUCAUCAUUUCCUGGCUGCCCAUCCUUGGUUUUCUGCAGCUUCCGUACUUGGAUAGCUUUUACGAGUACAGCUUGAAACUUCUGCGUUACGCAGACACCACUACCAUCGCCUCAUGGGUCCGAGCCGACUGGACCUUCUAUUCUUCUCAUCCAGCUCUCUUCCUCAGCACUUACCUAGCCCACGGCCUUCUCAUCGACUACUUCGAGAAGAAGAGAAGAUGCAGCAAUGAAGACCAAAACGCCAACAACCUGGAGUGGUUGUCGAGUCUUUGGGAUUGGUACACCAGCUACUUAGUGCAUCCCAUCGCCUCGUUCCAGAACUUUGAGUCAGACUGGGAUGACGAUCCUAACUUCCUUUUGGAAAGGUUGGCAUUCCCAGAUCUCUGGCUUCACCCGCUCGUUCCAACAGACUACAUCAAGAACCUGCCCACCUGGAAGUUCAGACUCGCACAACCCGAGGGACCCAACCGACAAACGGCCACGACCAACGCAAACGGCGACUCCAGCGGGGAGCAGGAAGCGCAUCACGAGGUUCUUGAUUACGGGUGUCCGGCUGCAACGCAGUCAGAAGAGUCGGGUGGAGAGGAACCGGACACUGAUUGGUCUCAGUGGCCUUGUGGGAUGCUCCACUGCACCGAGUGCGUCGUGUGUCUGGAGAACUUUGAGACUGAUUGCCUCGUCAUGGGUCUACCAUGUAGCCAUGUGUUCCACCAGCAGUGCAUUGUGGUCUGGCUGGCCGGUGGGCGGCACUGUUGCCCUGUGUGCCGGUGGCCGUCGUACAAGAAAAGACCCGCGAGACCACGUGCGACUCAACCACUGGAACCGGAAUAGCCCUCAUGUGAUUCGUUUACGUCUUGCUUCUGGCACUUAUUUAAAAAAAAAAAAAAAGAAAAACGACUUGAUGUGUUCAUCUUUAGUCUUUAGAUUCAUAACAUUGGCUCCUGGGGUUUCUGUUGGUGGUUUUAACUUGCACAGUGUUUAAUUAAAAUGCAUAUUUCCCAAUAUUUUUUUGAAUCUUAUUUUUUAAAGGGAAAAAACUUGAUUUGGGUCAAAUGCCUUGUACUUGGAUUUAAAAAAGUAAUAGAUUUUAAGAGUUAAAAUGAUAAAAUAUUGAAUGGUAAAGUUUCUGUUGUAGCACUCUUCAUAAAUCCCAGUGAGACAAGAAGAAAAAUCCAUACGUUCCUGUACCUGAGAAUUUCAUCUUGUGUUCAAUGUGUCUCCAAAUGUGAAUAAUCUGUCUAAGAUUGAGUCAUUGGGGAAGUGAAGACUUGAGGAGUCUUUAUAUAAAGGAUUAACACUCUGGGCAUGUGCAUAUGAUAUUAUUUUUUGGAAAAGAAGUUAUAGCUUUACAUAACUUGAAUAAAAAUGCCCUGUGCAGAAUUGAAAAUGGCUUUGGCAUUGACAUGCAAAUCUUCAUGGCUCCAUCUGCAAUUUAAGUCAUUGUCUUGUUGGAGCAUGUUAGUUUUUAUUAUUUUUGAACAGCGUUUCGCCAUUAACACUAAUACAGACUUUACCCCUUUGACUUCUAAAAGUGAUUUGGGAACUUAUACCUGUAAUGACGUUCAAUUCAAUAAAGUCCAACUUUCUCAGCUGUGUUA